AUGAAUUCGGGCAGCUGGACCACAGGCUUAGGCUCGUCAUCCGCCCAUCUGGACUUCCUCUUCCUACCUCCGGUCCCGAGAUUACCGUCACCAGAGCCUGUGGCUCCCUCGUUUGUCGAUUCACUCGGCGGUGGGUCCCACCUAGAACGACGUCUCCUCCGGCUGCUGGUUUCCUCUUCGCCGCCGGAGAAAUCCUUGUCGGUUCCGCUGUGCGUGUUUGUUAGACCGUUCUCGGACAGGAGCGGCUUGGGGAAAUCGGGCUUUGGGGUCAGGGUAGAAACGUCGGCGGCGGUGGUAGCGGCGGCUUCGUUUUCCGACGAAUCUAGGGUUUUCUCAGGGGCACUGGGAUGA